CCAUAUAUAAUACCACAAUACCAGUAACCAUAGAUAUUUUCAUUGCAAGUUUCAAUUGUAUAACGAUUAUUAUUUUUUGUUCUAAUUAAAAAUGGCAACCGGAAAAACAAAUAUCGACGGACAAUAUGAAACACCUGACAAUUUUUCCCCGAAAUUUAAGAAGAGAAGUGGUACUACUGACCUAGGUAAAGACUACGAACAUCUCUACAUAGCGAACUUAGUUUUAAAAUUAAUUAUUGACGAUGACGUAGAAAAUUUUUACUUGUCGUCAAACGAUAGUGCAUAUGGUUCUUUCGAUGACGUUGUAGUUGAAAUUGAAUUCAAAAAUCGUAUCGAAACGUUCGCUAUUCAGUUGAAACACCUCAACACAACAGGGGGAAUACAAAUUGAGCAGUUAAACGCAUCGAGUGGAAACUUUAGCGUCGAGAAGUAUUAUAAAGACUUCAAAAAAGAGUCGAAGUUGUCUGACUCGCGUAUCAAGAUGGUUUUGUUUACCAAUUCUAAGCUAAAUGAUGAACACAUAGAUCGGUUUAAAUUUGGCAAAUUGACGCCACAUGAACAAGACAGUUUGCUAAGUACACGUAUGUCCACGUUGGGAGGACAGUGUUACAGAUUUGAAGAAAAUGAAGAUAAUUUCAAAGAGUAUGGAUCUUUUUUUAAAAAUUUGUAUCUCUACACUGAUCAGUCAGAUGUCAAAGAACUAGAAACAUGUACACUUGAGACUUUCAAGGCAUAUUUCAAAUGCAACGACAUCGUUUUCCGAGAGUACCUACAUUUUAUAACCCGGUGGAGUAUGCAGCAAGGAAACAAAACCAAAUUAAAUAAAACGUGGAUGAAACACUUGAUAAGUCUUUGUGUGUUUUCACCUUUUAUCAGACCGUUAUCUUUCGUUGCUGGUGGACUAGCGGACGCCAAAAGAAAAAUGUUUAGCGAAGCUGUUUCGAAAUUUCACUUGACUUAUAUAAAUAAAAACAAUUUCGAGAAAAUCGCCUCAUUUUGGUCAAACGCUGUCGACGAUAUUGAUGACAUAGAAGAAAUGAUUAAAAUGAAUUACAAGUACCAACUUAUCGAAAAAGGAAUAAAAACAAAAGAUAGUCUCUAUGAUAAAGACGCAACAAAAGUAUCGCUGCUCAUGUGGUUGCUGGGAAAAAGUCCGUUAGUCGUUGAAGGAUGCCCACAAGUUUAUCAAGCAGUUAAAACAUGCCAGGCUAAAAAUCUAAUUAUAUUAGAUAAUAAUAAUAAUCGACAAAUGUUUAAUGAAACACGUGGCCAGCAAAAACCGCACCUGUUUCAAAAAUUGUCUGACCUAAAAAAACACGUACAGUUGUAUGAAGACAUCCUAACGAAAUUUACUUAUUCAUUGCAAGGGCAAAAAAACUCUGUGUUGAAAUAUUUGCUAGAAAUCUGCGAAGAUAGCGACAACUUCAUCACUACAGAUGAUUUAGUUGAAAUGGUGGAAGAUACAUUGCUGAUUGGAAAAUAUAAAGAUGCUCUACCACCCAGUCACGUCGAAAGAAAAUUGACGAAAAUUUUAAUAGAUGUUAAAUUUUUGAAAAAUAUUAAAGAAAAUACAAUUGUUUUAGUUGAUUGUGUAACAGAUGUCAGUUCUUUCAAACAAUUUUUACCAAAUUUGGUAAUCAGCGACGUGGAUGACGUUGAGGUCAUUCAGAACACAAUUCAUGAACAGAAAAUAUAUGUUUGUCGAAAGGAAGUUUCACAGGAGGAAUUUUCUGAAUUUUGUAAAAAAAAUUUAGAAACUCAGUUUCAUCACGUCGGAUACUUAGACAAUCAUCGUUUGGAAUGGAUGGAAAGUGAAAAUUAUGGCGCGGAACGAAAAUAUACCAAGGAACUUGAGAGGUUUCGUCUACAAAGUGACUUUAUGGAGUACACUAUACCCGAGCUCCAGUACUUUAGUCAUUCUCGACAAAAUAUCAAUAUUAUCUGCGCCGAUGCUGGAAUGGGAAAAAGCACAUUAACGAAGAGUUUAAAAAAGAGUAGUACGUCGACAAAAUGGAUCAUUUUAAUUAACUCCAGAAAUCACGCUUUACACUUCAAGAAACAUGAGUCAAACGUGGAGAAUUUCUUAAAAUAUAUCCUAGACGAAACUUUUAAGGAAUGCGUUGAUCCGUUCCACGAGAAAGUGUUCAAAACGAUGCUGGAACAAAAUCAAAUACAACUAAUAUGGGAUGGACUCGAUGAAGCAUCUGAUGCCACUCAAAAUUUCAUCUUAACUUUGGUAACUGCGUUUUCGGAAAAAAGAGUGAAGCAAUGGUUGACUUCCCGAAUCAACUUAAGGGAUAUGUUGGAAGACAAGUUAGGUCAACGCAAAUAUUAAAAAAAAUACUUUCGGAAGAACGAUUUAUUUCUGAAUGGGAUUGCGUAGAAGAUCUUUUAGUUUUGAAUUCGGAAAUUGACGAAAUAUUGAGUUUUGCGUUACAUUUUCCAGAAUUUAGAACAGAUGUGCCCAAUUCGAGAGGUCAGCCGUUGGGGCAUUAUGCGUGUGAAAAAAAUUUAACGAAAACCUUACGUUCACUAAUUUUCAGAAAAGCGAACAUGAAUGAUCGCGAUAGGCACGGAAAACGUCCUAUACAUCUUGCACGUGAAAAGGGGCAUUCAAAUUGUUUAAAACACAUAGCACAAAUUGACGUUUUAGAUGAAGACGGUCGAUUGCCGCUUCAUUACGCUUGUGAGGAUGGAGAUUUAGGUGUAGUAGGCAUACUGUUAAAGAAUGGUGCGAAAGUUGACGUCCCGGAUGGAAAUUGCCAGCUGCCGAUUCAUUAUGUAUUUCAAAAAUGGCAUACAGAUAUUAUAAAGGUACUAUUAAGCAAUGAUGUGAAAGUGAAUGUUCCGGAUGGAGAUGGAAGGCUGCCGAUACAUUAUGCUUGUGAACAUGGAAAUUUGCAUAUACUAGAAUUACUGGUAAAGAAUGGAGCGAAAGUGAAUGUUCCGGAUGGAGAUGGACAGCUGCCGAUAUGUUAUGCUUGUGAACAUGAAGAUUUAGCUAUGGUGAAAAUACUGUCAACGAAUGGUGCGGAAGUUGACGUUGUGGAUAAAAAUGGUCAUCUACUGAUUCAUUAUGUGUUUCAAAAAUGGCACUCAGAUAUUAUAAAAGUACUAUUAAGCGAUGGUGUGCAAGUGAAUGUUCCGGAUGGAGAUGGUAGGUUGCCGAUACAUUAUGCUUGUGAACAUGGAGAUUUACAUAUACUAGAAUUACUGGUAAAGAAUGGAGCGAAAGUGAAUGUUCCGGAUGGAGAUGGAAAGCUGCCGAUACAUUAUGCUUGUGAACACGGAAAGUUAAGCAUGGUAGAAUCACUGGCAACGAACGGAGCAAAAUUUGAUGUCCCGGACAGAGGUGGUCAGCUAUCGAUGCAUUAUGCGUGCAGAAAUCACCGGUGCGGAUGUGACAUAAUUUUAUUUUUGUGUAAAAAUGGUGCGAAAGUGGAUGUUCCGGAUGGCAAUGGACGGCUACCAAUACACUGCGCCUGUGAAUACGGAACUUUAGGUGUAGUAAAAUUAUUAGUAUCGAAUGGUGCGAAAUUGUAUGUUUCGGAUCAGAGUGGUGAACUGCCGGUAGCUUACGCGCGUAAAAAUCCAAAAUUUGGAAGCAAAAUAAAUAUAUUUUUGUUGAAAAAAAUGAAACAAAAAUCGUUCACGAAACUUAAUAUAUCUACAUAAGACAGUUGCCGACGUCAAGAAGUUCUCACAAAUAGAUAGAUAAUCUUCGAAACUACUGGACUGAUUAUUGUUAAAUUUUGUACAUUAUUUUCCAAAUUAAAAAACCAUCAACACUGCAUUCUACCUUGAAAAUAUAUACACAAUAUUGACAGCACCGUAGUAUUAGUAUUGAAGUUUGAAAAAAGGAUUGGUUAAAACUAACUCAUAACGAUAUCAAGACACAAUGGUUGAUUUUGGAAAUGUUUUGAAGUUUCAAAACGUUUUAAAGUGAGAUAAUGAACUCAAAUUUUACAAACGUUAAAAUGAUUGCGUGUUUUGUUGUGACAAAUUUGAUGUCCGUUGAAGUUUCAACGGUAAAAGUCGUAGUGCCGCUCUAAGAAUAUGAAAAUCACGACUGGAGGUUUUUUUGUUAGCAACUGAAAUCAACAGGUGCUGGUUUUUUAAUUUUGGUGAAAACUAUAUGUACAUUGGGAGGUAUCAUGUUGAUGGUAAAACGCUAACCAAAAAUUUUAUGUAAAAUUUGUUUUUAUUUUUAUAAAAUAAGAUACUCCUGCAUUUGUAGUGUAUGAAUCCGUGUUGAAUUUUCAACUUACACGUCCAACAUUUUCCAAUUUAACUUUGGAACUACAAGAUCGAAUGCUUUGAAAUCUUGCACACGUUUUAAAGCUAUCGUAAACAUCGUAAAUCGUUACACAAAAUUUAUUCGUUUAUCCCCUUCCAAAAUUUUGUCGAGUAAAUUCUCUUUGCAAUAUGCAAAAUAAUAUGACUCCAUACUUGUGGUUUAUCAAUACAUUCAUAGCUUUUGAAACUACUUAUCCAAAGUGGCUCAAAAAUUAAUGAAUAUGGCUGUUUAUUUUAUCAGUUAAAUCAAGAACGACUCACUCCAUUAAUUUGGGAAUACAGUACUGCCAUAGCAGUUAUUAGUGUUCUAAUCCAGUUCUAAAAAUUUGUAGAGAAAUGACUAGAUAUCUCAACAAUUUGGGAUGUAGUUAUGUAGGAUCUAAUUAUUUUUAAGGUUUAAUGUCAUCUAAUCAAUUUAAAUGUUUUAAAUAUAAACGUAAAGGAUUGAAACCUGCACUGUUUUCUUUAAGUUUAUAUCUGUGUACAUAUGUAUAUCGAUCGAUUUGACGAAUUCUUAAAUUUUUAAUUCUAUGGAAUAAUCUAUGUUAUGUGUCAUAAAUGUUAUGUAUUAUAUGUAUAAUCUGACGUCCUUCGAAGUUGACACAUCCAAGUUUAUGUAUUUAUGUAUUAUGAAUACUAAAAUCAACGGGUGUCUAAUUCAAAGUCAGGUCAAAGGCUGCCUUCUGUUGUUUUUUUUUUUUAAUUCAAUUUACACGUUAUUAAUUUACAACAGUCGAUACGACAAACGGAUGACAACUUUCAUAAUUCAAUUCUGAAAAAUACAAAACCACUGCUGACAUUAUACCCUUGACCAGGUUUCCAUUUAGACUUCCGAUACAGCGUGUAGCGUAAAAUGUACUGUUACGCCCUGUGACCAUACCGGAUGUUUUGCAAUAAAACCAUGUAUUUGUUA